AUGGAUCCAGUCGAAACCAAUACAGCCAAUGAACAAAUUGUCUCACCAUUAAAACAAUCAUCAGCCAAUGUUGAAGGUGGUGAAUGUGUUACAAAUAAAUCAGAACUUUUCCGUUCUAAAUUAGAAAGCCCAAAUUGCCUCUUCUGCAAUGAAAAGCUUCUUGGUGCCUACGUUUACCAACAUUACAUUACCUGUACCAAAGUUUUCCUUAAAGAACUUCAAUCAACUUUCAUCCCAUCAUCAAUUCUUUCAUACUGUAUUGAUAAAGAAUUAUUAGAAUCAGUUUACACUCCAGUCUAUGUCCAACAACUCCAAGCUUUAAUUAACCAAAUGAACGCCCAUCUCCAAACUAUUCAAAAUCCAGUUGCUGCUGCACCAGCCACCCCAGCUUCACCAGCUCCAUCCAAAAAUGACAAGAAAAAGAAAUAA